AAAUUAGUAAUUUUGAACGGGAACCGCUUUCUAAUGUCUAUAUUUACUUUCUACAUCUCUUAAUUUUUUCCCCAAUCUACAAAAAAUCUUAAACAAGAACCUGAUGAAACUUUCGACAACCUUGGGAAAAGCUUUCGCCUGGGAAUUUCUACUUUCUAGAGAAUACUUUCACCAAAGAGAAAGUUCUAAAGUAGUACGGCAGAGCUUUGGAAGUUGGCCGAAUGGAGCUGGCUAACCCCAAACUGAAAACCAAACAUAUGGCCUGCAGGCUGCACAAAGCUGUGCUGCUGCUAAGCGGGGGAGAGAGAACGGCGAGAGAAUACGGUCGGCAGGCGCCGCAUUUACGGCGGACCUCUCAGUUCUCAAUUCGCUCGCCUUUGGGAACGUUGUGCUCUGGACCGCUCUGGAAGGAACUGAAUCGCCUUCGAGCCGAGGAGUACAGCCAACACAUAUAUAGAAAUAUAAAUUUAUACUGAAGUGGGCAAAAGUGUGACAAACAGAAAGUUAGCAUACUUUUGUGAGCUGUGAUUUGAACAAAUCGAGGGUUCAAAAGCCGCCCUCCCAUGAACCCAAAGAUCCGCAAUGUGAAAAUGUGACCCAAUUGAAAACGUGAAAAACGAUUUAGCCCAGUGCCCUGAGCCCAGAAAAACAACAACAACAACAGCAGCGAAGUCGGGUCGCAGAUAUAUAUUGUAUAUAAAUAUAUAUAUCUAAAGUACAUCUGUCAAUAAAAGGAGGAAUUAUGAAGGUCUCUGACACCAUGGCUACGCCAAUAGAAGAAAAACUAGAUCAAAACCUUAAGGUGCGAACUGGCAUGGUCCAUGUGAGCGAUGGCAAGAGCAGACCCGAGCCCCUGAGGCUAAAUCUGACCAUGGAGUUGCUUUCCCUUCAAAAGUUGGAAGUAGUCACUCCAACCAGUCAUCCCAAUGGACCGCCCAUGGAAUCAAAGGAGCGCAUGGUGCAAAUAACGCGCCAAAAGCAAGGCGGUCUGGGACUGAGCAUAAAAGGGGGAGCCGAGCACAAGUUGCCCAUCUUAAUAUCGCGAAUUUAUAAGGAUCAGGCGGCGGAUAUCACGGGUCAGCUGUUUGUGGGCGAUGCCAUUAUAAAGGUGAACGGGGAGUAUAUCACGGCAUGUCCCCACGACGACGCAGUGAAUAUUCUACGAAAUGCCGGUGAUAUUGUAGUGCUCACUGUGAAACACUAUCGUGCUGCCACGCCUUUUCUUCAAAAGCAAUUAACCAAAGAUACACCCGACUCUGACAAUGAUGCCACCUGUGCAGAACUGAAGGCCGACGAGGGCUACAAGUCCUCCGUCAAUAGUGGAACCAUUAGUCGGAGUUGCAGUCGCCCCAUGUCGAUAUGCUCGGAGCCCGAGAAACGCUGGACGGAUGUGGUGGCAGUGCCCCUAAUGAUGGCUUAUGUAACGAGAUAUAUUUACGGAACCGAUAAGCUGCGUCAAAAUGCCUUUGAGGUUCGGGGCUUGAAUGGUGUUACAACCGGUGUGAUACACUGCGAUGAGCUGGCUAUACUCAGUCAGUGGCUUAAACUGAUCACGGACAAUGUUGUGGGCCUAACGCAUCUUCAGAUGAAGUUAUACAACCGAAAUUUCGCUGUUGGAGAGCGCAUUGAAUACAUGGGUUGGGUUAAUGAGGGCGUCAUCAAUAACAAUAUAUCUUGGCAGAGUUACAAGCCCAGGUUUUUAUUGCUUAAAGGUACCGAAGUGAUGCUCUUUGAAACGCCACCUUUAAAUGUGGCUGGAAUUAGUAAAGCUUUGGUGGUUUACAAGGUAUAUCAGACCAUGUUCCGGAUCGUAAAGGAAUCUGAAACAGUAGAUAGUCGCCAGCAUUGUUUUUUACUGCAAAGUUCUGGACAUGAGCCCCGGUAUUUGAGUGUGGAAACCCGACAAGAGCUUUUGAGGAUUGAGAAUAGUUGGAAUGCUGCCAUUGUCACAAGUGUGAUUAAGUUGGGCCGCAAGACAUUUGCUGUCUCGCAUCAUGGCAAAAGUGGUGGACUUACUCUGGACUGGCAGGCAGGAUUUUCGCUUACCGAAGGAGCUGACUCCGCCGUGGUAUGGCAGUAUAAGUUUUCGCAGUUAAGAGGAUCCAGCGACGAUGGCAAGUCGAAGCUGAAGUUACAUUUUCAGGAUCACGACAGUCGGGCAAUAGAAACAAAGGAACUGGAAUGCCAAGUCCUUCAGAGUCUGCUCUUCUGCAUGCACGCUUUUCUCACCGCCAAGGUGGCCUCAGUGGAUCCAGCGUUUCUGAGCUCAAUCCAACAGACUUAAACAGACGGAUUCUAGGACUUACAAGUAGUAUGAUAUUCGUAAAGUGCAUAGCAAAUAAUUCGAAUAUAGAUGUUGGACUAGGUAUCUCAUAUAUGGUGUCUGCAUGUACUUAUUAUAAACGAGUACGCGUAUAUACAUAUGUUGAUCUGAAUGAUUGUAAUUGGAUACUGAUACGGAUAUUGAUAUAUUUAUAGCGCUGAUAAAACUGAAAGUGAAAUCUCUUGGUGCAUUACAGUAAAUUUUAAGCAUACAUAAGGCAAUUACUUUAGGCAUUUUUCCUAUUGCGUAGAAUUUGUACCAAAAAUAAUUGAAAGAAAUUCAUAUUGUUUAUAAUCGAAUUGUUUCCCAAAUGUAGCCUUUAUAGUUAAAUUACUUAUAACCUUACUUAUGAAAAGAUAAAACCAACCUAGGUCUGCCGAUUCUGAAUGUCAGAAGAUAAUGUCGCUUUUGCUAUGAACUGAAUGGGUUCUGAUCAGGGCCUCUAAGGCUUUAUUCCGUGUUGUAUCCUCUAGACUAAUUUCACCAAAAGUUGAUCGAAAUUUAAUCGAAUUAUUAAAAAUUAAAAAAAAUUGUUUUGUGUGCGCUCUAAUGAAAAUUUAAUUUUCGACAAAAUGGAAAAAAACGAAUGCUUUAAAAACGGAUUGAAUGUUAUUUUCUACUGAAGUAAUAGCUGAUAUCAUAAUAGAUAUUUAUGAAAUAUAUAUAUAAAUAUAACAUCCACCGAACAAAUCUCAAUGCACAGAAGUAAUAUGAAUUAGAUUUUAUAACUGUUAUAGAUCUAACCAAAGCCAGUUAAGUGAUUCCAUCAGACACUCACUUAGGUCAUUUGUCAAUUCAGAAAGUGUCUUUCCGGGACGAGAUCGCAUUUGUUGCUUAUACAUAUUGCAUUGUAUGUAUUGAUUUUAAAAGUUAUUGCACAACAUAACGUACAUCUACAUAAAAACGAAUUAGUUAGCGAAUUAUCAACGAGCACAAAAAAAAAAUAUCAUAUAAUAUGUAAA